GUCAUUCCUUUCGUGGAUUCUACCGCCCCUAGCGCGAGCUGCAAGGAGUCUCCCUGUUCCUCGUCCUUCACUAUGAUUCCAUACGCCGACAAGGUCCGUUCCUCUCGCUGCGACUGAAUCGACGACCAGGUCAUAGAGAAAGACUGGGAGGCGCAGGGGUCGACAGGACCUGAAGGGACCGGUCGAGGUGACGUCGUGACGUCUCUGAACGGCAUCCCCAACGCACUAAAUCACUGCAGAUGACGUGCAGGGUGCCGACGUGCCGUCGAAUCGGCAUGUUUCCCUUGGCGUCGUCCUCGAUCCGUGCCUUUCGUUCGAAUCGAAGCACUGGCGUACUUUGUCAGUUGUCGUUUCGUACCCGAUGAUGCAAACCCUGGCGAAAGCGGUCGUCAUCUUCCUCAACCUCGGGUUCUUCAUCGGCGGGUCGCUCCUGAUCUAUUUGGGCGUUGUCCUACGCGGCGGCCGCUGGUCGGACGUAUUUGCGGCCAAGAACAUCACGUCGGACGGUGCGUCGGAGUCACUUGUCCUGCUCGUUCUCGGCGCUGUUGUCGUGCUCGUUGCGUGUCUCGGUUGUGCCGGUGCAAUUUGUGCAAAUCGGUGCCUUCUCACACUCUACUCGAUCUUUGUCGGGAUGGCCAUGCUGAUUUUCAUCGGCGUCGCUGUCCUUGGGUUCGUGGCCGCUAGUGGAGCCAAGAAUUGGGCAGCCACGUCCUAUCCGGCCAUCGCGCAAGAAGCCGACAUUGCGACAGGGUUCAACGAGGUCUACUGCAGCGCCCAGGGCGCUCGCUUCUGCACAUCCGCGACAGCGAAGGAAGCGUUCACGUCGUUUGUGCCGGCAGCAGCGCCGACGAUCACCGCGGUCGCGUCCGAGGUCGGCAUCAACGUCACCGAACCGACGGGGGUCGUCGGAUUUUGUAAGAAUAUCGAUGCCAAGGCCGUGGCGCUUGGGUCGCUUGGCGCAGCGUUCACAGCCAAGCUCCCAAAAGAAUACAAAAGCGCAUGUGAUGUGUGCACUGCCGUGAACACGAAAUUCGGCGACGACAGAGCCAUUUUCGAAUGGGCCAACGAGAAAUGCGCCAUGACCCCCUCGACAGCGAUCUGGUGCGGCUCCUUCCUCUUGGCCACGACGUCCACGGGAGCAUAUGAAAGCUCGCCAUACAAGCAAUGCCGCCCUGUCGUGAUCGACGUCUGGCGGUCGUUUGCAAACCAGGUUGCCAUCGGUGGCGUCCUCUUGGCCGUCGUGUCGCUCGUCCUCGUGAUCCUGGCAUGCCGACUUGGACGGCAAACCACCGACGACUAUUAUGUGGCAUAGGCCUAAUCACACGAGUCCUCGUGCCUGCGACUUCUUCGGAACUAACGAGCUCAUUACACCAUUGCCCUGGCAGGCGGGAGAUGUAGUUUUCACGCCGCACAAUGCAUCUCUAGAAACAGCGUCAUGCACACUGUGCUGCUGGAGAUGGUACUUCAAAGCGCUCGUGUUGCCAGUGUCUGCAUCCAGUGGACGAGAUCUCCAGCGCAUGUCCAACAAGCUGAAGGAGCUAGGUGCGGUUCGAUCAAGCAUGACGUCGGUGGCCACCAGCGCGAGUAUACUGGAAGUGUACUGCACGAAUGGACGCGCCAACGACGCCAUGCACAUCGCGUGUCGCAAAAUUGCACGAUCGACGGUAUCGUGAUGAUGAUGAACAUGAGACGAAGCGGGUCGUUUGCCACGAGGACGACAACGUCCUUGCAUUGGCGGCGCACGCAGCGAUCUCCGUGACGCUAUGGCUACGACGGGUGGACUCUCCCCGGCGUCGGUGGGCACUGUUCCUCAUGAGUCGCGCCUUUCGCAACGACUGUCCAAGCCCCCGCGGCGUCCUCGUUGAGAUCCAGCAACUCAAGCCAACCCAGCAGGCUGGGCGCAGCGACGAUAGCAGUACAACCGCGUUCGGGAUGAUCUCCUGGAGCGACUGGUCGUGACAUUGUAUAAUUGAGAUGUUUCGUCGUGGAAUCUAGAGAUUCAUCUGGAUCGUUUCCAUGGCGUCGUGACUUGAAUCUUGACAAAUGGAUCGAGUAGGCA